AGUUUUGGAUUGGUAUUGACUGGUUUUUGAAGAGAAAAGAUGCGGAUGAAUUUGGUCAAAGGUGAUAGUAGCGAAGAGCGAGUGAGAGUUGGAUAUGACUGUAGCGAGAAGCGACUGUGGUGUGUUGAGAUGUGUUUUUGUGAUUUGAAUGCUGGUGAGAGGACUAUCCCAUUCAUUUAUAUACUCCAUCUUCUCUUCAGGAUUCACUUGACUGCUUAUGGGGCGUAACCAUUGCUUCAGCCCUACCUGUCCAAUAAUCCGAAAAUAGGUACAUUGUAGGAUUUCGCUUGUCAGUGCUCGAAUCAGGCCCCCAAAAAUCGUUAGAAAAAGAUUAGUUCGUUUAGAGUCGGGGUGGCUGGGGCGAAGACUUAUCACCGUGACCGUUAAGCAAAUACUAGUGAUGAGGCUGAGGCCGGGCGUUUGCUUACCAUUUGCACAAUCCCCGCAUCCUACAUAGAAGGCGGACGUACAUUGCGAAACAAUUUCCUCUACAAUCAAAUUCACCGUUUCACAUUGGUCUUUCACAGUGUGUUUGGCUAUACUUUUGGCCCCCGAAUGUCCGGGAAUAAACUCAAAACACUGCUUGUGGCACAGCAAGUAUUUGAUGACGUGCCCCAAUUCUAUACAGAAGUCAUUCAGACGGGCGUAUUGGAAAUUUGUUGAAGUCCCUAGUAAGCAUUGAAAUUCCAGGCUUAGCAAGCAGGUCUAGAGCAUUACGGCAUUGCUUGCUAGACUUUUAGUUCUUACCUGUCAGUGAACAGCGGCAUGGUUGGCAAAUGUUGUAGAGGGCAAGGCAGGCCUGUUUCGCAUUCGCCUCAGCCCAUGACCCACAAAGGAUGCCACUUCCGCUGUUGUCUGCUACGUCCUUGUUCCCCAGAAAAGUGAUGAUUGGCCAGGAAAUUUU